CAUAUUUUGAUCCCAAUCGAUGCGAGACCGCUUCAACCGCAUCCCAAAAGGCGCGCCCUUUAUAAUUCUCUCGUCCUCCUUUCAGAGAUUUCUCAUCGCGGUGAAGGCUGAAGGAUCGGAAGGGAACGGAUCCAUUUACAGAUCUUACGGUCUCUUAUUUAGGGUUUAGGAUUCCGUGCCUUUCCAGCCGAGGAUUUGGUUGAUCGGGGAAGUAGUGCGAUGCGGUUUUUGAUGCGAAUCUGAGUGAAGAGAGGUAUUUUGUUUGCUAAUCAAGAGUCUGGGGUUGAUUCUUGUCGUGUGGGAGGGUGAAUUGGUGAGGAGGAGAUGAGUGCUUCGAGAUUUAUUAAGUGUGUUACUGUUGGGGACGGUGCCGUGGGAAAGACCUGCAUGCUUAUAUCGUACACGAGCAACACAUUUCCUACGGAUUAUGUACCUACUGUGUUUGACAACUUCAGUGCAAAUGUUGUUGUUGAUGGAAGCACUGUUAACCUAGGGUUAUGGGACACUGCAGGCCAGGAGGAUUAUAAUAGAUUAAGACCUUUGAGCUAUCGUGGAGCAGAUGUUUUUAUCCUGGCCUUUUCUCUCAUCAGCAAGGCCAGCUAUGAAAAUAUUGCAAAGAAGUGGAUUCCGGAGCUGAGGCACUAUGCCCCUGGUGUUCCUAUAAUACUUGUUGGAACAAAGCUAGAUCUUCGGGAUGAUAACCAGUUCUUUAUCGACCACCCGGGUGCUGUGGCUAUUAGUUCUGCACAGGGAGAAGAGCUUAGGAAGCAAAUAGGCGCUCUUGCCUAUGUCGAAUGCAGCUCAAAGACACAACAGAAUGUCAAGGCGGUCUUUGAUGCUGCCAUUAAAGUGGUUCUCCUGCCACCAAAGCACAAGAAGAAGAAGAAGAGAAGAUCACAGAAAGCUUGCUCCAUUUUAUGAAGAUGGAAGGAGUAAAAAUCUCAGCCAACCCGCAGAGUUUGGACAAAAUUUCUUAGGUGUAUAUUUAACUAACAGCAGCAUUAACGAAUUGUGGUGGGAAACAUAAGCUUUGAUGUGUUCCCUUUUCUCUCCCUCUGCUGUAGUCAAUACUUAUAGUUUGCUCUUUGGCUUGUCCCAGACAUCAGAUGAGUUGGCUCCUAUGCAUAAAUAUUUGAUGUAUGCGGCCAUCUGAAUCUAAUUUCUAUGUUUUCAUUAGACUUGCUGUUUUUCCUAUUUUGUAUCCUUCAAUUUAAAAUUUGUCAAGGAGAGUUUGAUUAUUA